CUCCUCCUCCCCGGUGUGAGGGGAGGAGAUGGAUGGUUGGGAUGCAGAUUCAUUAUGAUGUGAAGGCUUGGAGGAGGGAGAGAUAGGAGUACGGAGGAUUUGGAGCAGACACCGGAGGAGGAGGAGGUGGGGGUGACAUCUCGUGCACUGGCCGGCCCGGGGGACCCCGCAGCACCCCGGUACACCUUCCCAGCACACGGCAUGCUCGGUGGUGAGGAUCCGCGGAGGGCGCCGCACACAGGUCACCUGUAGACAUGGGGAACGUCUCCUCCAACAUCUCCUCCUUCCAGUCCCUCCACAUCGUCAUGCUCGGCCUGGACUCCGCCGGCAAGACCACCGUCCUCUACCGGCUCAAGUUCAACGAGUUCGUCAACACCGUGCCCACCAUUGGCUUCAACACCGAGCGGAUCCGGCUCAGCAACGGGGCGGCCAAGGGCAUCAGCUGCCACUUCUGGGAUGUGGGCGGCCAGGAGAAGCUGCGGCCCCUCUGGAAGUCAUACAGCCGCUGUACGGACGGCAUCAUCUACGUGGUGGACUCGGUGGACUCUGACCGGCUGGAGGAGGCGAAGACUGAGCUGCACAAGGUGACCAAGUUUGCCGAGAACCAGGGGACUCCUCUGCUGGUCAUCGCCAACAAGCAGGACCUACCCAAGUCCCUGGCAGUGACUGAGAUCGAGAGACAGCUGGCCCUCCAAGAACUGAGCCCAUCUACCCCUUACCAUGUCCAGCCAGCCUGUGCCAUCAUCGGAGAGGGGCUCACUGAGGGUAUGGACAAGCUUUAUGAGAUGAUCCUCAAGAGGAGAAAGACCCUCAAGCAGAAGAAGAAGCAGCGGUAACAUUGGGCUGGCCUACAUGCCAGCCAAACGUGACCUCCUGACCUUCGGGGCGCCCCAACUGUGGUCAUGGCAUGUCUGGGUGCUGGCCUGGAACCCUACAAAGAACAAACUCUUCCAAAAAGAACGAGACCCUCAAGCAGAAGAAACCACAAUAACCUUGGGUUUGUUCUACGUGCCCCCUAAAGAUGACCUGAUUUUUAGGACAUUCUUACCCCUGGCACCGCUUGUCUGGGUGCUGGCCUGGAACCCUACAAAGAACAAACUCUUCCAAAAAGAACAAGAUCCUCAAGCAGAAGAAACCGAAAACAUUGAGUUUGUUCUACGUGCCCGCUAAAGAUGACCACCUGAUUUUUAGGACAUUCUUACCCCUGGCACUGCUUGUCUGGGUGCUGGCCUGGAACCCUACAAAGAACAAACUCUUCCAAAAAGAACGAGACCCUCAAGCAGAAGAACCCACAAUAACCUUGGGUUUGUUCUACAUGCCAACUAAAGAUGACCACCUGAUCUUUAGGACAUUCUUACCCCUGCCACCGCUUGUCUGGGUGCUGGCCUGGAACCCUACAAAGAACAAACUCUUCCAAAAAAAACAAGACCCUCAAGCAGAAGAAACCGAAAACAUUGAGUUUGUUCUACGUGCCCGCUAAAGAUGACCACCUGAUUUUUAGGACAUUCUUACCCCUGGCACCGUUUGUCUGGGUACUGGCCUGGAACCCUACAAAGAACAAACUCUUCCAAAAAGAACAAGAUCCUCAAGCAGAAGAAACCGAAAACAUUGAGUUUGUUCUACAUGCCAACUAAAGAUGACCACCUGAUCUUUAGGGCGUUCUUACCCCAGACAUGGCUUGCCUCGGUGCUGGCCUGGAACCCUACAAAGAACAAACUCUUCCAAAAAGAACAAGACCCUCAAGCAGAAGACACCGGAAUAACAUUGAGUUUGUUCUACAUGCCAACUAAAGAUGACCUCUUGAUCGUUAGGAUGUUCUUAGCCCAUACAUGGCUUGUCUGGGUGCUGCCUGGAACCCAACUCAUUUCUCAAAAAGGAGACAGAGACCCUCAAGCAAAUAAGGAAACAAUUUGGUUGGCCCACAUACCAACCAAAGAUGACCUCUUGAUCUUUAGGGAGUUCUUCAUGCAGGCAUGGCAUGUCUGGGUGCUGGCCUGGAACCCCACAAAGAACAGACUUAUCAGAAGGAGAAAAACCCUCCCAGUUGGGGAAGAAGCCACUAAAACAUUGGGUUUGUUCUGCAUGCCAACCAAAGAAGUCCUCCUGAUCUUUCUGGAGUUCCUGCUGUGGGCAUGGCAUGUCUGGGUGCUGGCCUGGAACCUACAAAGAACUAGCUCCUUGCACUAUGUGACAAGGGGGACCCCGUUAACCAGAUGCAGGGCAGGACCCUGACAUUUGACCCCAUCUAUCCUGAAGGCAUAAGCUGUAUCAUUGCAGCGCAAUAUGCGGCCCAACCCUCCAGUGCCACAUGGGGAUACAAAAAAAUUUGACACUAUUGACCCAACCCUGGUGCAUCGAAAUAGAUGAAAUCAUUGACCCUGGGUAGGGCCGUAUGACACGUGUCCUGUAUGACAGUGGACUGCAGACCAUCCUUGGUAAUAAAUAUGGCUCAGUCUGUAUAAUUUAUGGUCCUGCCAAAAAAUAUUGGAAACUUGAAGUUUUUAGCAUCCAGUGUUGACAUUAUCUCUGUGGACAUGUCCUGGUAUCACUGCCCCCCGGGGUGUGCUGUGUCUGCAGGGGGUUUCUCUGCUGUCUGACUUCUGUCUGUGUGACAGCUGUGCCUGGCAUUCAUUUUCCUCCGACACCCCGCACUGUUCCCCCCUCCUUCAUUCAUAGCCACAGGUUCUAAAUGUAACAGAUUCUGUGCUACAUUUCUGUGAUUUCAGUCUGUAAAUGAAUGGGGUGUAGAUAUGGGGUGGGUGCCAUGCUGGUGUCAUCUCGUGCCCAUUACUACUGCAUGAGAUUAAUAUGUGAGAUUGCUAGAACAGUCUGCUGUUGCCAUCUCUAGCCUCCAUAUUUUUGCACUCCUCACUAAACUGAUUGUUGAAUUUUA